GAAACUCUAAAAGACCUUGGAAUAUUGGAAGGAACCAAGAUAUUUAUGUGGGAUGGCGAGCAGAUUGGAGGAGAACACUUUUCAAUAGGAGUUGCACAUGAGCCAGUUCUGCUAAAUAUAACUGUGAACUCACCAACAGGUGAGACUACUGAAUUGUCUAAAGGUUUCCUAAAAACAACAACUAUUGGUGAACUAAAGGCUCUAGUCUGUACUCUACUACCAUUGCAAUUGGAAGAUAUACGAGUUAGCCGAUUAGACUUGCAAGGAGAAGAUUCCAGAAUUUCUCCGUUAAGUGAAAACCAAGAUGUGUGUACGCUGUCAGAACUGAGCUUCUUAGAUGGUGACAAUAUCAUGUUUGAUAGCAUUAAGUUUGAAGUAAAGAAAAUGAAUGAUCAAGUCACCGUAAUUGUCCAGAAUUAUACAAAGAAUGAUUGUGAUUUAGAUGAGAUGCAAAAUGGUCAUCUCCAAUUUGCUGAAUUCAUCAUAGAUUUAGACACUACUGUUGCAGAGCUCCGGGCCCUUGCUGUGUCUAAACUGAAUUUAAACAGUGAUCAGAGCUAUGUGAUGCGUAAGCAGAUCAAAAGUAGUCAAAAUAAAAGACUUCCUUUGCAAGAGCAUGUGACUCUAAAGGAUGUUGGAUUGACUGAUGUAUCCUAUGUAACUAUCGAAGAAGGAAUGCCUCCCUCACCUGAUCAGGUUACUGUAUUCUUCAAUAUUGGAACUGGACUUAGUGAUUCUCUUGAACUGACAAUAAGUAGGCAUGCUACUGUCAUUGAAUGCUUGAGGCAGAUGCUACAUAUGGCUGCUUUGACUGGUGAUGCUUGGCACUUAAAGAAAACGAGUUGGUGUGGUGAACCGUUGGAGCAACUGUCACUCGAUGGAACUACUCUAGAGGAAGAGGGUAUUCAAGAUGGGGAAAGCCUCAGAGUUAUGGAAGGUCGAACACCCGCAAAAGGGUUUCUCAGUUUCUCCAUUCAUUUGUAUCCUACUUUGGAAAUGGUUCCAUCUAGCGUUAACAUGAAUGGUCUUCAUACUGGAAUAGAAAAUUUGCACCAACGUUUUGGUGGUUCUGAAGAUUGUUACAGAAGCUAUCACUUGGGUGAUGUAGAAAUCUCAAGUGAUUCGACCAUAACCGAUCUCAAAAAUCAAGUUCUUACUCUUGAACCGUUAGCUGUAGAAUCAAUUCCUAAUAUAAGACAUCUGAGGCUACAGUUAAUCGAUAACGGAAGACCUUCUCGAGUCUUAAAGGGACUCUCCAACACUCUCAAGAAAUUAAAAAUACAUUCCCAGAACUUAGCAGCUAAAAUAUUGCAUAAAGAAGAAGACUUAAUGCAGUCUGAAAUGCUAUUAAAUGUGUGCCAACGUUUACCUGACAUGAAGUCCUACACUCAGCCCAUAGAAUUAAUUUGGGAUACAAGCAAAUCUUCUAGUCCUAAACACCUAAAACAAACUAUCGCCGAUAGUUUUCAAGUUCCUAUCCAAAGGAUUGUGAUAGCUAAGCAUUUCCCAGAAAAAUGUCAGUGGCUUAUCAUCGAUGAUGGCACCACUGCGAAAAAGGGAAACCGAAAGAAACGUUGGGGAACUGGCAAAUUAAAUGUGAGAAAUUCACCCUAUUUUUUGAAAGAUGGUGAUAGAAUAGGUGUCAAAGAUCGUGCAAGUGAUCCUGAUGACAAGGAUGAUUUUAUGACUUCAGAAGAUAUGCAAGGUCUAGAGCUUAUUAGAAUUGCUGCUGAUAACAAAAGAAUUAAACGCCAAGAAGAAAAAAGUCCGUCUAGAAGUAAUGAAUACAUGCUGGGUGGCAAUGAUAGAGAAUUGCCGAGGCACGCGAAAAAGUCUGAAGUUGGCAUAACUAUACACGUUGAUGAUUUUACAUGAUUUCUCUCACUUAAUUAUUUACCUAUAAAGAUCUGCUUCAAACAAACUGUUCCAUUAAUAUAACAAAUUGUUGCAAUUUUUCAUUUUUAAAAAUUAUAUUUUUUUAAAACUUAGUGUAUUUUGAUAAAGAAUAGCUGUUAUUUUUACAAUUUCCCUUCUCAACUGAAAAUUGCAGAAUUGAAUCAUUUGAACUAAAUAUGUCUUGAAAUGGUCAUUUGUCUAAAUAAGCAAAGAUCAUUUUAUGUAAAUUGAAUGCUUCCUAGUUUGUUGAAUCAUUUUUUAAAAUUUCCUCGUGAAUUUUGAAAUGCCUGUAAAUUGUUAUUUAUUCGAUCACAUAACUGGUGCUAAUAUUUAUUAUGUAAUAUAUGAUUAUUAGUUAAAAAAUUUUAAAUAUUUAUGUGUUUGAGUGAUAAAAUGUUUCCUUUUUAAGUAUUGAUUAAAAUGUUGGUGCAAAUUAAUCAUUGUAUGUUCUUUUUCUUGACAAGGUAUAAAUGUAUGUGUGUAAAGAGUUAUCCAGAAUGAGCUCCAUUCACUCUAAUUACUUAAGCCAAAAAUUAACUUACAUAACCCUGGGUAAAUUGACCUUAUGUUGUUUAUUUUUGGCUUUAUUACUUGUAUCCUCCAUUUUUUUUUUUUUUCUUCCCCAAAAAUCUUUCUGCAAAUAUAUUUUGAAUUGAGUGGGGAUUAAUGUAAAUUGAUUCAGGGUUCCCACAGUUCAGGGACAAACUGGAAUUGUUUGAGAAUUUUGUUCCAAAGAUCAGAGAAAGUUGCAAUUUUUUUUUUCAAAAAGUAACCAGUCUUAAAAUUGUCUGUAACAGUAGUCAGUUAUUGAGAUUCGAGUUAAAUAAUUCUUACAUCUAUUACAAUUAUUUGUCGUAAAAAUUUUCACAUUUUGAGUCAAACUGAAAUGUUCCCAUCCUCAUUUAAUAAUUUUUUUUUACACUGAAAAUCUAUUAUAAUAUCAGCGCAUUAUUGUUAUUCAUUUCACUGAAUAUGACUUCAUUAUAUUUUCUCACAAAGAAGUGCUUAAGUUACUUCUAUAGAUGGAACCCAUUGUAUCUAUUAAAACAUUAGGACGACCAACAUUUUUCGAAACCGAUUCUUACCAGCAAUAAUUGAAAUCGUAGUAUUGCAGAUAAAAUUAUGUAAAUGUUAAAAUCAUGUUUUAGGUUUGUAACUGUGAAAAAAUUGUUUAUUACAUAUUGUUGGCAAAUUUUUAAAUUACUACUGAAAUUGUGUUAAUUUUGACAAUUUUCGGAACUUUUCUAAUUUUAGUCUGAAAAUCCAGAGAAAUUUGGUUUUGCCUGGAGAGUGUUUGUUCUGUUUUUAAAAGAUUACUUUAACAUUUUUAAUGCUUCUAAAUGUUUUUUAUAUAUAUAUGACAGUUCUUCUAGCAGUCUAUCAAAAAAACUUUGUAGGAAAGGUUAUAAUUCAGGGCUACCACGGGCGUCUAAAAUGCAACUAUUUUCAGCCUGAGGCGAAUAUGGCAACUUUUUUUUACCUGAAAAAGCGGGGGGGAAGUUGCUUCUAGCUAUGUUUUUUAACAUAAAUUGGGUUGACAACCUGCGGUCCGUGAGAGCUUCUGAACAGAAUUUAUUUUUUCUUGAAAUGUAAAAUAUGUUGAAAAAUUUAUAUUGCAAAAUUGUGUCAUGACUUUUCAAUGCACUCAAGUUUCUCGGAUUCCAUCUUAAGUCCAUUUUGUUUCUCGAUU